UACUCGUGCCACUCUCAUCGCCGCAAAGGAAAACAGAAUGAAGCGUCAGCGUAACCAGAUGGGCUGCGAUCAAUGCUAUGCGCUAGGUGCUGAGUGUGCCCAAUGCCAGCCCACUGCUAUCGGCACCUCGUCAACAACGCGAAAUAAGCGAGUCGCACGCGUCAGCGACAUUGAUGCGUCAAGAGCCGGCUCGUCGCAAGAGCUGACAGUACCCCAAACACAGGACCAUCCACAAGAUGACCGCUCUAGCUAUCAUCGAACGUUGCGGGACUAUGAAGCAUUAGUCAAUGGUCUUCGAUCCAGGCUAGACAACAGGGUGCAAGCCGUUCUGGAUGCUAGCGUCCAGAUUAUCCGCAACAAUGCACCCUCCGAACCUGAGGCGAGGGAGCCAAACCCAAUUGUUGAGAAUCACUUACCUCGCAUGCGAGAAUUACAAGUUGUUCAUGACGAUGAGGACGGGUAUAUGAAGCUCUUCCUGGAGACGAUCCAUAUCCUUUAUCCCUUCAUUCCCGAACGUCUACUUUUAAGCAAGUUUGAGCAAUUCCGAACGGGGAGUAACACCGAGGAGCAUCGUCACCUCUGGGCCGCGAUAUUCCGAAUUUGCGACAUUAAUAGAGAUGAUACGGGGGACUCCCUUGUCCUCAUGUGGGCCCAGCUUGUGAAAUGCUUUUAUCUUCAGGCUCUGGGUAACUGCAAUAGAUGCCUGAGCACUCUCGGAUUUCUUCGAACAUCUGCACAGGUCCUUGGCCUACACGAGGCGCAUACCUACCAUCAUCCCUUCAGUCUACAGGAUGAUGACCGCUCACGUACUUGGUUCUCUUUGUAUAUCUUUUCCAGUCUACUCGCGCUUCAGCUCGGCCGACCGACCCCUAUCAAGCCCGCCCCUCAUCAAGACACGAUGCUUCCGAAGAAUGAUGAUAGUAUCGCAUUCUGUUCUUGCUCUGAUGAAGAAGGUGACGAUGACUCUACAAACGAGGAUGUUAUUAGCCAUAUGGAGUACUUUGUCCGUAUGAUUCGUUUCUGCAAUAUAGCAUCUCGUGUCACCAGCUUCGAGCCGCCCCGAAGCAAAGCGUCCAUGGAACAAAUGUUGAUCGUCCUUGAGUCUUUGGAGCACGACUUGAUGGAGUCGGAACACGACAUACCAUGGAAUUUCUGCAUGCGCGGCCGAUUCGGACCCCAGCAACGGAACAGUCGUUGAUGACCGUUCGACAGCGCAGGAUGCUCGGCCUCAGCCGUUUUCACCUCAGUUCAUUGAUGUACAGGCUCUUCGUUGGCUCAGAAUUGACGUCCGUGUGCGAAGGGGAAUUCUCUUUUCGCAUGUCUGAGAUGCACGCUCGGGACAUG